AUGGUAGCCUGGCAGACGGACAUGGCCACACAGUUUGGAAGGUACACUUGCCUUUCCUAUAUUCACUCCAGGAGCGUGACGGAAGAGUCAGAGGUGUACUCGCUCGGCAUGGUUUUGCUGGAACUUCUGGUCAACAGACCACCUGCGUUGGCAUCCUCACAUGGGGAUAUGGUCUUUCCUUUGCUGGAAGCCGUGCAGCCCUAUGUCGGGGGUGCGCAUGCCCGCUUGAUGCAGUGCCUUGAUCCUGGAGCUUGCUGGCCACAGCAAGUGGCUGCUGAAUUUGGAGACUUGGCUUUGGGCUGCUUGGAUCCAGAGUCUCGCCGGCGACCCAACUUUGCAAGUGUCGUCAGAUCACUCCAUAGACUGGUGGCGUUGAAUCCGCGGAGGUCGAUGGUCAUGACGAAGGAGGAUCCAAUGCAUGGCGCCAGCAGCCCGUCGGACGGGGCCGGCUCACCGGAAGGUGAAGCUGGAACCAAUGGAUUUGGCUGGGCCGCCUGGUGGCGCUGA